GAACACUUCUUGAGGAGGACAAGACGAUAAGAAAAUAAAACUGUUGAGAAUGCCCAUCAUGAGGUGCUCUCUGUUUGUGGACUGGGUUUUGGUCUCCAUGUUGGCUGCAGCCACUGUUUCCACAUUUGAUUCAACAUUGGAUGAAGCCUGGAUCAACUGGAAAUCAUUGCAUGGGAAGCAAUAUAAAAUGGCUGAGGAGGCCUACAGAAGAGCAUUGUGGGAGGACAACGUGAGAUACAUUGAACGGCACAACAUGGAGUAUGCAAUGGGAAAGCACACAUUCACUGUGGGAAUGAACCAGUUUGGCGAUCUGACCUCGGAGGAGUUCAAUCAGCGUUUCAAUGGAUUUAAAGAAAAGGAGAUUGAUCACACAACGUGUGAACUUUUUGCAGCAGGGAAUCAUGUUAAAUUGCCUCAAAGCGUUGACUGGAGAACAAAGGGUUUUGUUACUGAAGUGAAGGACCAGCUUUAA